AUGUCAUACACAAAAUUUACCAAUUGCCAUCUUAUUGAUAAUGGUGAGCUAUACGAAUUCACUGACUUGUAUAUUGACAACAACACAAUGAAAAUUGCCAACAAACCUAGAGAUCCUCACCAAGUCACAAAAACUUUCGAUCUACAUGAACAUUUUAUUGCCCCUGGUUUCAUUGAUAUUCAAAAUAAUGGUAUUUAUGGAUUGAAUUUCUCAAGUUUGAAUGAAAACUCAACUAAAGAAGACAUCAAAGAUUUUCAAAGGUUCUAUAGAGAUGCAAUGACAAAAUACUUGUCCACCGGGGUCACUGCACUUUGUCCCACUGUUACUUCCAAUUUCCCCAGCGUUUACACAAAAGUGCUUCCGUUGUAUAAAAAAUCAAGAUUAUCCAUUCAAACUGACUCCUUGGGGGCACACCUUGAAGGUCCAUUUAUAAACUUGGAAAAGAAAGGGUGCCAUCCUCCAGAAACUUUUGUUGAUGCCAAGGGCGGCGAAAAUAAGCUACUAGAAGUAUAUGGAGGUAAAGACAAUCUUCUUGAAAAUGUUUGCAUCGUUACCGCUGCUCCCGAAAUUCCAGGUGUAUUGGAAUUAAUACCCUAUGUCAAGCAACAAAACUGUGUCUUUGCAAUCGGCCAUACUAUGGCUGACUAUCAAACAGGUGUGGAGGCUAUUGAAAACGGAUGCACGAUGAUUACCCACUUGUACAAUGCAAUGCCACAACCACAUCACCGUGAUGCAGGCGUUGUUGGAUUGAUAAACACGCCUGCGGUUUCCCCUGACAAAAUCCCAUACUUUGGUCUUAUAUGUGAUGGUGUGCACAUUGAUCCAUCCAUGGUCAACUUAGCUUACAAGUCUAACCCUAGCAAGUGUGUUUUGGUCACUGAUGCUAUGCACUUGAUUGGUUUACCCGACGGAGAAUACAAAUGGGAUGAGCAAAUAAUUGUCAAGACUGGCGAUAGAUUAUACUUGAAAAAUACCGAUACUUUAGCCGGUGCUGCCACAACCUUACCUCAAUGUAUAAGAAACUUGAUGAAAUGGGCUCACAUUGGCUUACCAGAGGCAGUGAAAGCGGCAACAAAUAACCCUGCUUUGUCCAUUGGAGUGGAGCAUGAAAAGGGAUUUUUAAAUGUAGGAUGUGACGCUGACUUGGUGGUUUUGAAUAAAGAUGGAUUUGUUACAAAAGUUUACAAGUUGGGAAACGAAAUUGCUUCUUCCGAUAUCCCACAAUCAAGCAUCAAUAGAGAAAGUAAAAUCAGCGCCAUGUUAUAG